GCUCGACCAGCAGCUUGUUCCCCCUUCGCUUGCUUGCUGCCGCUUCCGCUUCCGGUAACAGCCUGAGGCUUUCUAUCCCUAGUGGCCAUGGCAGGCAGCCGGCUGGAGACGGUGGGGAGUGUGUUCUCCCGGACGAGGGAUCUGAUUCGGGCUGGGGUGUUGAAGGAGAAGCCACUGUGGUUUGACAUAUAUAAGGCCUUUCCGCCUCUGAGAGAGCCUGUCUUCCGAAGGCCCCGUUUACGAUAUGGCAAAGCCAAAGCUGCCAUCCAGGACAUCUUUUACCAUGAGGAUCAGAUUCGAGCGAAAUUCUUUGCAGCCUAUGGAUCUGGUCACAAAGCUUUUGAUCUCUUCAACCCAAACUUCAAGUCUACCUGUCAGCGGUUUGUGGAGAAGUACAUAGAGCUGCAGAAUCUUGGAGAAACAGAUGAAGAGAAGUUAUUUGUAAAAACGAGUAAGGCCCUGUUGGCAGAAGGCAUCAUUUUAAGACGAGUUCGAGAAGCAAGGACUGUCAGUGUGAGACGCCAAGCUUCAUCAGAAGGAAAGGAAGAAGAUGGCCAGAAGCAGCUUGUGCAGGAGAAGCAGCAUGUGCAGGAGAAGCAGCUUGUGCAGGAGAAGCAGCUUGUGCAGGAGAAGCAGGAGCCAGAGACAGCCCUCUCCCCUCCCUGAGGCCCUUCAGUGCACUGAGCGCACCCACCACCGCUGGCCUAAGCUGACUGGGCUCUGAUGGCCCCCCUCUAUAAGGCAUGUGUGCCUUCUCUUAGUUCCUGUUUCUGGGAUGUAAUGAAUCUCGGUACCAUGGUUUGAAAGCUCCAGUUUUGUGAACUUCUAUUUCAAGACAUGGUUAAAUAAAGGGUUCUCCAGUGCUUACAAAGUAAAUUUACUUUGAAUUAACUGUAAAUAACUCCAGGAAACCUUUAAAGGUGCCUUUGCUGGCUGUGGGCUGCCCGAAUUUGAACUCACUGUGCCUCUAGUCUGGAUCCCUCAGAAACCUACUUGGCCACAUGGUGUGGUCCUUCGGCCAAGUGUCUGUGGAUGAUGUUUGUACUUUCUGCUGCAGAGCUAUUGACUACAGCUUGACAGGCACAGCAGAAGCACAGCCAGCUCCUGCUGCAGUAAGACCAGGGGCCUGUUUGAUGUGGACAAAGACCAAAUCUAAUACUUGAAUGUCACGGGUUGGGUUAAUUGUGUUGGAGAAGAUUAGCAUGAGCUCACAGACUGUCUAGAAAAUGUUUGGUGAGUGAAUAAAUGAUCACACUAGCUAAAGACUGAUGUUUUUCUUAGUCACUGGAUCUCCAAGAUGGCAGGGGUAGGAGUCUUAUUCAGAUGGUCUUCCCCACAAACAUCCUGCCUCGCCGGUACUGCUUCAUUGUGUUGUGUUAUACUAAAUAAAUGUGCUAUCCAGUUGUGAUUUAGCUCUCUCUUUGUGGGUAGUUUCAUGCAGCAGUCAAUAAAGCCUCUGGCUUCUCCAAG